CAGGUGCAGCCCAUGCGUGCCGAUGUCAUCUCUCGUGUACGAAGACGAGCACUUCCCUCCCUCCCUCGCUCGCCUUCGCCUUCGCCUUCGCCUUGGCCUUCCGGGGGGCCUGCACUGGGACUACGGGCGAUUGUGGUUAGCUCAGCAGUCGUCUAUUUCCAGACGUGAGGACUGCAGCUCCGCGCAGGUACAACUACGCUUCGACGCUUCCAUCGGCCUUGGGCUUGGUUGAAUCCCACUGUACAUCUCACGUCGACGUCGAUGCGUCAAACUCACAGCCUAUUGCCGGACGCCCAUCACAUCCGUCCCAGCACUUGCCCAGACAUACACUCUCGCUUCUAACAGCCCACGGUCGCUUUCGAACUUCCAAUAUACAGCCUACGUUCGCUACUACAUCACUAGAGCCCGCCGCAGCGAAACGCCUUUACCUGCACAGCCGGCCGCGGAUCGAAUCCUUCCCCACUCUGGAGGAGUAGCACCUGUCUAUCUACUGUUCAGGCACCACACGACCACCAUCACUGUCAACAGGCCCAACAGCAUCAACCGUGUUUAGAACACACUUCGCUUGCUAGGUCCGGUGUCACUGUCUAUCAUCGCCACGGAUCAUUCCGCCAUGGCAGGCCAAGGUACUGGUCCAUCCAGGAGGAGCCAUACCAAGAGUCGAAAAGGCUGCAAGACCUGCAAGCGAAGACAUAUCAGAUGCGACGAAACUUUCCCGCAGUGCCGCAAUUGUACCAAGCAUCAGGUCCGAUGCGACUACAUGGAGAAUGUGGGUUCGGACAGUGAAGGCCAGUCAAGUCCAGAGCAACCGAACAUCUCCUUUUCGCCAGGCACUGAAAGUCGCAUCGAUCUCUGGCAGCAGACAGGUAGUUUCCCUUAUCCAGGACUGCAGGUCUUUCCACCUCCUCAGACGCAUGAGUAUUCGAAGAACGAGCUUCGGCUCAUCCACCAUCUUUCUGCCAUUUCGAAUGAUCUUAUGCUCAAAGGCACCUCAAACUUGACAAUAUGGACGGCGAAAAUACCCAAGUUCCUCAGCAUUGCAGCGUCUUAUCCUUAUGUUAUGCAUUCUCUUCUCUCCUUCUCCGCAAAUCACCUUGCCUGGAGUCGGUCAUCGUCCGAGACUAGGAAUCUGCACAUUCAACACGGAACGAUUGCUUUGCGAGGGCUUCACGAAGCGAUCGGGAGCUUUUCGCAUGCGAACGCGGAUGCAGUUUUGGCCGCUUCGUUGUUGCUUUUGUGGCAGGCCACAGAUUGGCGGAGCUGGUCUUCUCUGCGCGCAGGCAUACAGUCGGUGUUGGCCGCCAUGCAGAGCUGGAAGCAUGAAUCCAUCUUUGCGGAGUAUAUCAACGAAGAGGAUCUAUUCGUGGGCGCAUAUCCCUCGAGGAGGCCAUCAUUAGAUGCAGCCGAUCGGAACACGAUUCUCUCGGACACAAUUCAGGCAUCUCAGCAACUGCAGCGGUUCCUAGGAGGGCAUGAGACGGAGUCUUACUGGAUCGGUCAGUUGCUUCAGUAUCUGCAACGUUUACACAUGUCCAAUCCGGCGCAGACGCCUGAUGAGCAAUACAGCCACUUAUACCUUCUUCGCAAGUGGCUGUUCUGGGUACCAACUCUGCUCUUAGAGAGACCGGCUGGCCAAGGACCAUCGAUG